UCAUAUAAUAUACCAGCCUAUUAAUAGCAAUCUAGGCAGCGAAAGGGAAGUGAUCGCACAGUUUAGGAUUGAGUAAUUUCCUUCAUAUUUCUCGAUUGUUUUGAGGACGAUUGGACGCAUAUUUUGGGUUGCAGACGAAUCGCCGCAAACCAUGUCUACCCAGACGCAAAAGGGCGGUGAAAAGUCGCUUCUAGGCAUUACGAAGAAGUCGUACGGAAGGUCGUACGGGAGCACCAAGAAAUCCACGCAAGAUAUUUACAUCAAACAUAUUGUCACGCCAAAUGAUACGCUUGCGGGCAUUGCUUUGAAAUACUCUGUAUCGGUUGAACAAAUUAAGAGAGCCAACAAACUUUACACCAACGAUAGUAUCUUCCUGCGAUCAACACUCAGCAUUCCUGUUGGUGACCAACCACUUCCAGCUCAUGUCCUUGAGAAUGCAACGUCAAGGGCAAACGGAAGCCCAGUCCACAAAGUGGCAGUAGACACGGUCUUGUUUGACAGCUCAGAUGAGGAGGCAGAUUCAGAAGAGAAGAAGGAGGAUGCAGUCGUCGUCGAUGAAACCAGAGACGUUCAGAUGGACUUCUUCAAUCGCAUCGAUAGACAACUCAGAGAGAGGAAAACCAACUUAAAUGCGAUUGAAACCACCAGCAGUGUUCCAGAAAUCGAAGCCAUCUCACCGCAUGUGCAGGGUAGUCCUACCAAGCAAUCCUCAUCAAGAGUAUCCUCCACGGCCGGUGCAUGCACAAACAACAGCUACCAGUCCAGCAUAGUGACAGUCAAUACAGACAGCCCCAAAAGGAAGGGCAACGAACUCAAUGAGAUCACCAGGGGCGGAGUCAGUAAAGGAAAAGAAGGCAAAGUUGAACUGGUGUCAUGUGAUGAAAAGGAGGCGCUAACAGCUGGGUUGCCUAGCAACAGGAGUCGGGAGAAGCCUAGUGUUAGAUUGGUUUAGAGGCAUGCUGGCAAAUAACUUGAUAAUUGGAUAGAAUUCUCAGAUUUUGAGAUGAAGACAAUCAGCAGGUGAUGUAUGAUGGCCCCCUCUGUUGGCCACAUUGUGAGAAGCUACUUCUUCUGUACAGCUGAGCUGACUGUCUCUGAGGUAGCUGUACACUUCUCUUACAAACCCUUCUUAAAUCCUCAACUCAAGAAACUAAUCUCUUUGUUUAUAUUCCACACUACUAGAGGGGACAUGUAAGUGUGUAGUUGAAGUACAUUUAUAAGGAAAACUAUGACUAGAUCAGGGUGUAAUUCGAGGCCUGUAGCCAGGAUAGGAAUGGGUUGGAGUGGGGGGGGGGAAUUCCCAGGAGCAGACAUUACCGUGUGCAGAGCUACGUUCGAACAUCUAAUAAAGUGUACACAUGCAAAGUUUAGGUGACACCGCGCCCAAGAAAAUCGGAGUUGACAUCAUGAACUGUGAUGUCAUUUUGAUCAGAAAUGUGGACUACAUGUAAGCUGUUGAAUGGUCAAAAUUGGAUGCCAUGUUUUUGUAAUUCAACAACGGGUUACUGAAGACCGAUAGAAGGCACCCGCUGAAUGGUCAGAAUCAUCCAAUUUGACAUGUGCCCUUUUAAGCUGUCCACUGUCACUUUUCAUGACUGGCUUUCGUGGUCAUAAAACAACAACUAUGUGUACUUAAUUUUGUUGGAGUAGGUCAUUUGAUAUUUAAAAUGUUCUAAAUGUUCAGUUCACUAUUGGUCCACUUUUUCAAUUAAAAUCACCCUCCCUUCACACCAGACUGGCUACUGGUCUAGAUUCAUUUAUCAUUGAAUGACAUUGGGUGGAUGUGUGAACGUAAUGCAUGCUUUUGACAGUGUUAAAUCCCAGCCUAUGCCUUCAGAACCUUUUCCUGUUCUGUGUACAUGUCUGUAAAUUUCUAAAGUUUCAAAAUAUCGGCUAUAGGCUCGUGAGGACUGUACAUCCAUUGUAUGAGCUACUUUGUUGUACAUGUAGCAAAAACUGUAGUUUAAUUGUUGGAUGCGAUUUUACCUGUAAAUAAGAAUUAUGUAUUAUCCUGUUAUCAAAUGCAUGCCUUUGUUCCUAUUUCUUCCUUAAUCAUAUCACUAUUUAAAGGGUGGCUACUAGAAUCUAGGAAAAGGUGAUUUCUCCAGAUUUGGGGAAAUAAAUUGUAAGUGCAAUGUGAUUCUGUCCUCAUCAUGUAAGAAGUGAUGAUGACAUCGGAGAGAAAUUGGAAGGAAAAUUUAGCGUAAAAUUGAAAUAGUGCAUUUCAGCACCAUGUUUUGCGUUAAGUAUUUAUUUAAGCUGUUGUGUGAAAAUUGCACUAGAAAAGCAACGUUGCCAGGGUAAUUUACUCCGAUGAAUAAAUACAAAGAAUUUCAGGUGUUUUAGUAUAAAAAAGAUUUUUCUUACCAAAUAAUGUUUAUAUGUAGCUACAUGGAUGCAAAGAAACAACAAACUGGAUUUGUAAAAAGAAAGAUUGUAAGAACAGGAAGCUUCUUUCCUGAUGGCUUUUAAAAUGAGAAUUUCCAUUCAACUUUAAGGGACAUUUAUUUUUUCCCUGGUGUAUAGGGUUUUUACUUUUAUCGUCUUGAGAAAGUUAAAUGCGAACAAAGUCUGUCAUUAUCACAGACGUGAUGUUUGAUAAAGUUUGGGGAAUAUAAAGAAUUGUAUCUGAGAAGGAUUUCAAUUUCUGUAUUCAGAAGGCUUUUUGUAUCAAAGAUGGCGAUUUCUUUGGACUGCCAAUACUGUUGGGAGUGACGCACGUGCUUUCGACUUGUUUACUUCCACAAGUCAAGCACAAACAAUGUCCAACUACUUUAAAAAAAAAACCGCGGUGUUCUUUGGAAAUAGAGGCACAGAAUCAAGAAAAGGGUUUCAUUGAGGAUUUGGGUUCAAUUAAAGGAUUUGCUUACGGCUUACAAAAACUAUAGCGAGUCGCACAGAAGAAAAUACAAACUCAAAAAGCAUGGUCAUUGUGGUCAUUGUAUGCAACCUUGACGGACAGAAAUCAUUGGACACAGGGGGAUAUGUACCUGAUGUCUCAAGAGGAUUUUGGUUCAAUCAAAGGAUUUUGAAAAAAAAAAUGGGCCUAUAAUGAAAUCGGCGAAGUUUUCUUCUUUGUUUGAAAUAGCCUUUAAAAAGCGAGUCGGUGGUUGUUUAAAAAAACAUUGAUCCUAAGAAGUUUUGUUAAUAAUUAUUAGUAUUCAGCCUGGUUUGAAGUACCCGAUAAAUUACGAAGGUAAUAAAAAGCUGCCGAUUGAAUUCUUUGUCGCAAGGGCUAGAGGUAAUAUUUUUUACCCACCGCGCCCCCCCCCCCAAUUUUUUUUUGAACCGGAGUGUUUUUGAUAAUUUUAAUUACCUGAAGGCCCUUACUCGUCCGACGAAAAGACGCUAUAAAAGAUCAGGGACAAAAGAAUUUUAUAACAUGAUUUUAUUUUUAUGUCCUUAAAAUUAAUCAGCAAUCAGAUAACAGUGUCACUUUAGAAUCGUUUUUGAGUUAAAAAAAAAUUAUCUCAAUUCAUACUAAUUUGUAAUAUUGAUCAGAGAGUUCUUUGGUUGAUUAGUAUUCCACCGAAAACGCACCGACCAUUUCUAUUUGCAGUUGCUUAGGAAGUCAUGUCCGAUUCUGGUUAAUGUGUCGUCUAUUAUAUAUCUUUGAUUGCAGAAAGAAAUGGUGCAAUGGGAAAAUGGUCCAAUGUUUUUAUGGGCAUUCUUCGGUAGACAGUCUAUACCGAUGUCUUCAGAACAGAUUUUGGGUCAAUAUGGUCAUCUCAAUAUUAUUAGUCAGCGAGAAUUAACAUUUACAAUUCAAAAAAGGGCGACUUAAAUUGAUUCACAUCCUUCAUUGUCCUUAGACCCUUUGUAAGUAAUCCCUCCUUUUUAAUUGUUUGCAUCCAAACUGGCCGCCAUCUUUCUUUCCGAGCAAUUGAUAGUGUGUUCCCCUGUGUAUGUUUUUUUUUUUUACUACAACAACUCAGACGUACUCCAAAGCAAGCGGUUGUACUUGCACAACAUUUCUACCUUUUUCCACGGGAUUGGUGAUUAGUCGUGGUGAAAACGCAUCAUCAUCAUCAUCAUAUUUACAGGGUUGGAAGCCAGUUAAGAUGGAAUGGUUAAAUCUCUUCUGGGUUCGUAAUGUAUUCGUAAUCCAUAUAUGAAGUCACUUGAUUUGAAUUUUUCCUUGAAGGUGUGCCGUUCUGUUUUGUGCCAGUUACAGUACAAGACCAUAAUAUACUUUCAGUAUAAAUAAGAAAUGUGUAAAUUGACAAAGUACCAAGUGAACUAACGACAUACUUAUAGGAAAGGCGUCUUGCAUAUGUAUACUGAUCCAAAAUGUCUUGCCACAUUAUCACAUAUCAUGUAGGUCUGAUAGUGGUCCUUAAUAAGUUCCCGGUGCAGUUGUAUUUGCCACCAGUCAGUCAAAUGUGUUAGCGUAUACAAAUGUACUUAAGCGUCUAAGUAGUUUUAGCUAAUGGCAAUUACAACAGUGUAGAAGAUGAGAAUCUAACUUUCAAAAUGGAAAAAUAUAUAUAUAAUUUAAAACUCAUUUACCCAAGCAAUAUCAUUAUUUUCCUGAAUGUGAUGUCUUUACAUCAUUAUGUAUUGUCUGCGAUUCAUUGUUUUCACUGGAGGGUUAUACGAGUGACAGUCAUGUACGUUUAAAUUGUAUAUGUUGCAAAUAGCUUUAAACUGGUUAUAGCGCCCCUUGUGGGUGUGCCUAAGGGCCACUUUGAUUCCAAAUGAUAAGCAGUUUGUAUUAUGAACGUGUGUGUAUCGUGUAUAAUUUUAGUAAAUAUUGAUAAUCAGAAAUAAAUACAAGUGUCGUGUUUGUAAAAAAAAAAAAAA